CUCGCAUCGUAGACAGGCUCGCAUAGAUUAAUUUACUAUGCGCACUGGUGAACCUGACAAUUUACUGAUCUGUCAAUGUCAGUUUAAACAAAAAUUAAGGUUAAGUUACUUCGAAAAUUACAUAAUUUUGAAGUAAAUAUACAAAAUAAUAUUAUAAUUUUAUGACGAAUUAACCGAAAAAAAUGAUAAAAUUCGGGAUAAAAUCAGCGGUUUUGGGUUCAGCAGUGUAUUACACUAUUGAUAAAGGUGUUUGGAAAGAUAGUGCUACCACUUCUGCAUUGUACGAUGAACUCGAAAAAGGAGUUUCUCCUUAUGUCGGAGAACUUAAAAAACAAAUACCUUACGAGCUACCACCUUUACCCACAAAUGAUAGAGUUUCAUACCUUUUCAAGCACUAUUGGAAUAAUGGAGUAAAGGCUACAUUUAGUUUCUUGGUUGAUCUUCCUACACAUACCAGUAAUGCUGCAAGUAAGGCAUAUGAGUAUAUUAACUCUGCUCUAGAUGCAGGUGAGCAAAGUGUAAGUCCUCCUAUGCAAGAAAAUAAAUGAAAUUGUAUAGUAGAUUGUAUGUAUUUAUUUCAAAUGGAAUUGUUUAUUUAAAAUAAAAGCUUAAAAAUGGAAAAAAAAAUCUAUGUGAUCUAUUAAAAAUUAUUAUGGAUCAGUAUAUUAUUUUAAAAAAGGAUUGUAGUGUGAGGCAAUGAUUAAAAAAAAACAAAGUUUACCGUUGAAGGCAUAAUUCCAGUGUUCCAAAUUUUUUCGGUCCCUCAACGUGACAUAUUUUUAUUUCUUUUAUUAUCUAUCUACUAAUAUCUAAAUCUUAGUUAUUAAUUACUAUUAAAAUCUUAGUUUUUUUGGUCAGAGGUUUUGUAAAUUUAUAUUUUAGUUUUCACUUUUUAUAGGUAUUAUAUAUUGCUAAGAGAGCUCUUGAUUAAGUCAUCAACAUUCCCUUUCAUUUGAGACCCCACUUGAGUAUAUUUGCAGACCUUUGGUUACCCUUCCCCAUUUGCACCCCCAUAACUUGUAAAUGGCUAAACUAACUUUCAUCAAACAUGUCUAGGAACACUAGCACGUAAGUCACCUUUAUUAAAAAAAAAAAAAUUGAAAAUUUCUUAUCUAUUUAAGCUUCACAAUGCCACAGACAGACAAGCCACGUAAACUUAAAACACCCCUUCUUUCCUUCGGGGGUAAAAAAAAUUAUUAUAGGUCAGUAUGAUUGAUAGUUUGUUAAUGCUCUUACAAAAGGGUGUGUUGGGGCAAUGAUUAAAAAAAUAAAAUUUACAAAAACAGCCCACAACUGUGGCACAGUUUGAUUUAUUCCUUUCUUGCAGUGUCACAUACUUUACAACUUUACCUAAUAAUAGGAUCUGCUCCAUAAACAUUGUAAACAUUUCCAAGCUUCAACAAUAUUGCAGUUGACACAACAAAGACCUCACAAAACAUGAAUGUCCAUCACAAAUUUAAUAAAAAACCAUCAUUUUACUAAUUACCUAUUUAAAUUUAUAUAAGAUUCUUUAUGAAAGAAAGCUUGGUGUCAUCACAAAAAAUAAUGGUAUCUGAUUUAUAUGAAUUCAAAGAAUAACUAUGUUAAAAACUUCAGUUACAGAGAUACUAUUAUGAAUACUACAAUUUCGGUAAAUUUUAGGAAAAUCUUUAACAAUAUUAUGAAACAGUUGCGCAAAUGUUACAAACAAAUCAAUAAAAAUGUCAAUUCAUGUAAUAUCAAAUUUUAUAAAGGAAUUAAAAUUUUGUGCACUUUUAAAAGGUCUAAAACAAACAUUCAAAGGAAUGGUCUUGAUAUAUUAUUACUUUCUGUUCAAAUUACACUUCUUAGGAGUGUCCAGUCAUUUUAUGUACAAGUACUAUUUCAAACAUGUAGGAUUCAGUGAUGAAUUAAGGAUUCAAAGCAAAACAUUAUGUUAGUCAUCUCAUUACAGUACAAUAGCACACUUAUUUUGUAUUUAGAAUUACAUACUAUUGCAAAAUCCCCACAUAAAAAAGUUGCUUGUCCCCCUAGUUUUAAAGAUGAAUAUGUGGACUCUACUGUAAUUUUCGAUUUUAUAAACAAGCCAAAAUGUAUCAGAUUUAAAAUGUAAAAUUUAAUAUCUAUUUGUUUUUUUAUCAGCUUGUAAUAAAGGUAUCCUUAAAAGAGUAUGUUGAAGGAAGCUGUAGAUUUCAUUUCGUUAAUGUCCUGGGCAAGGCAUCCCGUUGCUAGGCAACAGUUUCGACUUCCAUAGGUUCUUCGGCGCCAGUUUUCUUUUUCUUCUUCUUGUUAGAUUUCGCGGAUGAGUUGAGGAGUGCCUGUGAAUAUUUGGUAUUAUUAUAACUGAUAGAUUUCGAAAAUAACUACCUUAUUUUUAUAACAGUGGUAUAAAAAUGUCGUAAUGAUUCAAACUGAAGUGCGAUCGAAACGCAAAUCGGCUCAAAAACGUUACAUUUAAUAUGCCCUGUGCUUGUUCAAAUCACACCAUGUGGAAGUAUGCUUUGAAAGAUUACAGGGGUAAGUAAUGGGCCUCAAUAACCAGACAGUAUUAUUAAUGUGAACAAUUUCUAUUUUAGUCUCAAAUGAUGUAUGUAAAUAUACUUACAUUGAGUUCAGGGUCCUUGAUACUGCGCUCACUCUUGCAUGUACUUUUAUCAAAUGGCAGGCCAGUGAUACGAUGUGUACCACUUGGUAGCAACAGGGCCGUAAAUUUAAACUGCGCCACAAGCUCACCGGGGCGCUCAUACAGAAC